CUGACUUCCCUCCAGACCACGUCCGACCUAUUCCAGACAAACCAAGGUUCGACCAACUCCAGGCCGACUUCCAUUCAAAACCCAUCUGCGGCCAGCCUGCCAUAUAAUGGUCCUGUCGACUAUAUUAGUGAGAGCUUCGGACGCUCUUCCUUUGGCGGCCAGUGUGGAUGACGAACAGACUGAACAAGCCCUUCAAGAACAUAAACAACAGUCGAAACUGAUAUUCCGUCGCAUUACCCCCAACUCAGAACCACGCUGCUCUAUCGAAAGCGGUCAUUAUACGCUACACUAUCUCAUCUCGGAGAAUGUUGUCUUUCUAACUAUUGCCGACAAAUCCUAUCCACGUAAACUGGCCUUUUCGUAUCUUGACGAACUCUCGAAAGAGUUUGCUACAACAUAUGGAGCCAAGGUCGACGCUGUGAGAAAGCCUUAUGCGUUUGUGGGCUUUGACACGUUUAUGUCCAAAACGGCUCGUCUGUACCGCGACACACGAACAGCAACUGCAGCGACAGGCUCUGGACUUGACAAGCUGAAUGACGACCUCCAAGACGUAACGAGGAUAAUGACAAAAAACAUGGAGGAGCUUUUGUGGCGAGGCGACUCCCUUGACAGCAACAGCAAGAAGAAAAGAGGAGAAAGAAAGAAGAAAAGGGCGGCCAGACGCCAGCGAGAAAAGGAACAACACUCUGCGGAUGCUGAACUUCGAAAGGCGCGUGAACGGGACGCUAUAGUCACUGAAAAAGAGCGCCGCAAAAGCGCUAAUCAAAGUACACAACCUCAACCUUUCCCUAGUACGGCCGGUUAUCCGACCACACCUUAUACUGCUGGGUAUAAUGCUAUGCCUCCUGCUGGAGCCUACGAUCAACGAGAGCGAAAGCAUAGCGCCAAUAUGGGGGACAUCAACCAACAGUUUCGUGAGAUGGAUCUCACCAACCAAGCUGCACGCCCACUUCAAUAUCAAACUGAUGCUGAACGCGCUCGUAAGCUAAGCAAUAAUCUUGGUCAACAGGCACCAUAUGGUGCAGCAUACCCCACGACCGCAUACCCUGUUUUCGGCAACCCUUCACCCAACAUGCGACCGGCAGAGACUCCUCAGGCAGCCUACUCAGCGUCUGCUUAUGUCAAUGCCAAUUAUCCCGCUGGUGCCUCGACUACACCAGCCAUGGCUCAUCCGUCGACGCCCUACAAUGGGGCUGUUUAUCCUCCCGGUCAUGUCCUAGCAGGGAAACCAAUUCCAGCUGGUGCGACACCGCCCAUUCCUGGCUUGGUUGCAUCUACCUCUGGACAGCCUGCCUACCAGUCUAUGCCAGUACCUGCUACAGAUACUGGCGAUCAAGGUCAAUUGCCAGCUCCAGACGGGUUUUCUCGUCCUGUGAGCGCGAUAACAACGUUUACGCCAUUCGAUAAAAUGAGGCUUGACGACAUGAACGAACUUGUUCUUAGUGCUCCUCGUAUGCCAGUUGUGCUUCAAGCACACGAUGUCCAAGGAGGCGAUUGGACUCGUUUCAUGCAGGUGAUCCUAUAUAAGGGCCGUGAACGUCGUUCUGGUCCACAGGCUGGCAUGGAAGACAUCCAACUUCCUCUUUUCGAUAGCCGCGAUGACAGUUCUUCGUCUUCGUCUUCAACCUCCGACUCAGACUCGGACUCUGACGAUCCGAGGUUCACCAACAACCAGAUGUACAUGUAUGACCAACAGUCCGGUCAGGGCAUGACCGAAAUCAUGGAGCGCAAACGCCGACGACGCGAAAUCAAGGCCGAGAAGAAGCAGCGGCGGAAAGAGAAGAGAGCUCGGCGAAAAGCGAGAGCUCGAGAGAAAAAAUACUCGCUUUAUAUCGCCUGUGUGCCUCCUGGCGGUGUUCAGCCUGGAAUGGGCGGCGCUGUGCCAGGAGUAAAUCCAAUGGCGGGAAUGCCAAUGAACCCUUCAGCUUACGGGGGUGCUGUUACUGGUGGGGUGUCGAUGAACCCCGCCGCAUACGGAGGUGCCGUUACUGGUGGAAUGCCAAUGACUAGUCAUGCUGGAGCUUAUGGGAUGUAG